AUGUCACCACCAUCGGUCUUCAGUUCUCCUGGAUUCGACUUCUCUAACUCGGUUAGAAAUCACUUCUUCCAGGAGAAGGGUGUACCCCUUCCAAAGGCCACCAGCACUGGUACCACAAUCGUAGGCUGUCUCUUCAAAGAUGGCAUCAUCCUCGGUGCGGACACGCGUGCCACAGAAGGCGAAAUAAUCGCAGACAAGAACUGUGAAAAGAUCCACUACAUAACAGAAUCGAUCCGGUGCUGCGGUGCAGGUACUGCUGCAGAUACCGAGUUUACCACCGCGUCAAUAUCAUCAAAUAUGGAGCUCCAUACUCUGUCCACUGGGAGAAAACCAAGAGUGGUCACUGUGAUGACUAUGUUGAAGCAAUACCUUUUCCAAUACCAGGGCCAUGUCGGCGCUGCUCUCGUCCUUGGUGGGGUUGACUCUACUGGGCCACAUCUUUUCACCAUCCACCCACAUGGGUCCACGGACAAGUUGCCCUACGUGACGAUGGGCUCCGGAAGCUUGGCAGCCAUGGCUGUUUUUGAAAGCAGUUGGAAGCCAAACAUGGAGCGCAACGAAGCUCUAGCUCUGGUAUCAGCCGCCGUCUCGGCUGGUAUCUUCAACGAUCUUGGAUCAGGGUCCAACGUCGACGCGUGUGUCAUUACCGCCACGCAAACGGAGAUGCUUCGCAACUUUGUCAUGCCCAACGAGCGGGUAGAGAAGGAACGCCAUUACACAUUCAGACGAGGGACCACAGCAUGGAAGACCGAAAACAUAAGAGACUUGAUUGUUAACGAAGAGAUCACACUUGUAGGCGCCAGCGGUGAUGCCAUGGACACUAGCUAG